AGCAGUAGACUACAGGUGGGCAUAUCGGUUACGUAUCUCUCUCCUAAAAAAUCAUCCCACUUAAAGAAUUUUCACCUGCUCUCGUCGCGUGUUGUUUCAGUCAGUAGCGCUGAAAUACUCAAUCAAUAGUGUAUCAAGUGCAUUAGGGAGUUUCAGUAGAUUUCAGGUGAUGGUGUAAUUAGUGCAAAAUUCAUUGGGUAAUAAUGCAAAUCGUUCAAGAAACGCAUAAAAUGUCAAGGUGAUCGAAUUCCGGUUUAACUAUAAUGAAAAUCAAAAAUUCACAGGCGUGAUGAUGAGAAAUUCUAACGCUCUACCAGUAAUUUUAACGCUGCAUUACUACAGGAACUCUGCUACGUUGAGUGGUCAAGCAAACUUUGCAUAUCGUUAAAUAAAAACAAAAAAGAAUCUUUGUACAUACUUUAAAAAUGCGUUUCUAGCUAACCUUUCACUACUUAUCUAAAUAUAAAUGUAUUACUCAAAACUAGAAAGUAAAAUUGUGUGAAAUGUGAUGUGAUAAAAAUGCACGUUUUUAAAAGAGGAAUGAUUUUCGUGACCUUUUUUGGUUCGUGUUUUGCUAUUGUGUUACUAGUUGCAAGUUUAGGUACAAAACAGUGGGUUAGUGCCCGAGCCAAAAGAACUACAAAUCCUCUCGAAUCCGAUGGAAAAAUACAAUUCGGCCUUUUCGAAGGGAAAAAGGAACUGAACGUUGCGUAUGGAUGGAGAUCUUAUGAAAUUGACGUGAUACAUCUAAUCAAAUAUGAACCGGAAUUUUUGGUGUACGGAUUUUGGAUGGGCACAAUCGUGGCGGUUUGUGCGGGUCUCUUGCUGUCGGCCGUAUGUGGAGUAUUUGCUGCAGUUAACGCCGCGACCACACCAUCGACGUGCUUUGCAGGAACGCGUGGACUGUACGUGUGGAAUACAUUGGCACUUCUAGCCGAUCUUUGUGCGGUUGGUUUAUGGACGGCGCAGUAUUUCCUGUGCAUCCAAUAUAAUGUUAUGUCGAGGGAGGACAAAGACAAUAAUUGGACAUCUGAGGGAAUGGCAGAGUUAGGAUAUUCAUUCUGGUUUGUUGUGGGUGCAGCAACAGCAACAUUUGUGGAUAUUAUUAUAAUUCAUAUAGCCAAUAGUGAAAAUAAAGAGUCAACGCCAGUUUAUCCAGUACUGGAGGAAAAAACAAAUGGAGCCAUUAUGUUGUAUUAACUAUUAGUUAUGACUACCUAAUGAUAUCUAAAUAAGUAAAAAUAACUGUACAUACUAA